AUGUCGCCCGUCCCAUGGAAGCAGGAAAUCAACUUUGCCAGCGCAUUGCUGUUGCAUUCGUGCAUAACCGUCUUCCUAAAAGAAGUCAGUAAUGGCACAGCCGUCCUUUACCACAUAUUCAUUCUUGCUAAAGACAAGGCUGCUAUCGAUACUUCUGUCAUGCUUGACGGCUACACAUCCGUAUUCUCCAGAGAUCAAGACGGCGAGCUGGCUGAGCUGUACUUUACAAACACCGGGUUUAUCCUCUUGAUAGCCUCGCUUGCUUCCGCGAUCGCCAUGAACUUGACUCUUCCAACAGGAGUACUGAAUGCGCUAAUUGCAGCUACGUUCGGCCUGGCGUUCCUAGCAUCCGCUGCAGUAGCAUGCAAGAAGAAGAGUUUUGUUAUGCCCAUCAUGGCUCUUCGGCGUGCAGGGCGAUUUAUUUGGUCAGACACGCCAUUCGUCAACUUCUUCUCGUUGAUUUACAUUGCUGUUGUUUUGAAAGGAUCUUCGGAGCUUGCUUUGAGAGACUACGUUAUCUUUCGAUCCAUUGCAAUCCUGGAACUUGUCUUUAUGAAAGCUAGGCUGGCAGCUGCAGACGCAGAGACGCAGCAGGUCAUGUUGAAGCGUCUUGUCGAUAGCGAAUACGCUGUCAUCAGCAGCAAAUGCCUCCCUGCGGCCCGUAGUCCGCCAAAGCAACUCGAGCACUCGCGUAUUGUGCCUUUUAUGAGCUCUCAGCGCUUAUUUGUCAUGUUAUACAAAACUGCAAUCGGCCAUAUCGAGGGUUCUGUUUGCGGAGCAUCAGGCCCUGCUACGAUGGCCAUUCCAAAAAACCCGGGUUUUUUCAAAGACGAGGCUGCACAAUAUGGCUGGCGAGUCUACCGCGUGUCGCCUACUUAUGUCUUCAUUGAAGACUGCGGCAUGGCAGCCCGCUAUACCAAGUUUAUCUCAUGGAGUCACGGAGUACUCUUACGCCGUCUUGGCAGGCGCAGGGUUGUUUGGUUGAUGCAUACAGGGCAAGAUGAGCGUGGAGCUGAUUGCUGGAAAGGAAAUAUCAACCUUGUUACGGGAUUGAAGGAGACGUGGCUCAAAGACAGAGCCAGAUUUAGACCCAUGACCAGUGGUGACGAAGGAGACGCAAGAGUAAAUGUUGUGUGGUAA